AUGCUACGGGCUGAACUGGACGCUCUACCCAUUGAAGAGUUAAUAGACUUGCCGUACAGUAGCAAGAAGCGCAUGGUGGACCGUCAUGGCAAUGACCGGCCCGUCAUGCAAGCAUGUGGUCAUGACAUGAAUAUGGCGGCGCCUCUCGGUGCGGCUGCCCUGUUGCGGGCUGCAGCCGCGGAAUGGAGUGGCACUCUUCUUAUUGUUUUUCAGCCCGACGAGGAGGAGACGGGAGGAGCGCAGGCUAUGAUUGAUGAUGGGCUAUACAACCUCGUUCCAGUGCCGGACCUCAUGCUGGCUCAACACGUGGUUCCCUCAGCGACAGGUUCCGUAUCUAUCCGCUCCGGCCCGGUGCUUGUAGCUGCAGACUCCAUACGUGUUCGAGUUGUUGGCGGUCCAUGCGAAGGGACUCUAAAUCCCCAGCAAUGUGUGGAUCCGGAUCCUAUCCCGAUCGCGAUGCGCGUUGUUCUUGGACUUGAAGACGCCGUGAGGGCUGAAAUCGGGCCAGGCAAAGACGCCACGAUUGCUUGCUGGGGUUUUCAUGCCGGCGAACCGGGCAAUGACUAUGUUGCCUACGCUGACAUUCUCCUUGACGUAAAGACGAUGGAAGUCGAGGUUAGACUACAAGUGCACGAAUUCAUCAAGCGCCGGUUUCGAGAGGCGUGUCGCGAAGCUGGUAUGCCUCUGGAACCAAUAUUCGACAUCAAGGUUCGUGCUCCUCUUACGAGCAAUGACGUGUUAAUAUCGGAUGCGGUUGGAAAGGUGUUUAAACAAAUGUUUGGAGACAACGCUCUGGAAAUGGAGCUCACACGUGCGUGCGAGGACUUCUCGACACUUGGAGGCGGUUAUAACGUGCCUUAUGCGUACUGGAACUUUAGGGGAAGUGGAAAUACGACCGGAGGCGCCAUCGCUACAAACCACUCCCCCUACUUUGCUCCCAUUAUAGAGUCUGGUCUAGGGUGUAAAAACGGGUACCCCUGGGCACCCGUGGGUAUCUAA